AUGGAGUACUCCAUAUCCCAUAUGCCGGUGCGGCGUGAACCACCUAUGCCACUAGGAAAUACUGUUAACUACUUCUCUGUCAGCGCCGCUACACCCCCAGGAGCGACACAUUCGUCUGGCAUAUCCCUCCGCAUCAAAUUCGACAACUCCCAUUCAGACACUCCGUUCAGAAGCAACCAGCUCAUUAAUGGUCAAGUUAUUAUCAACUCUACAAAGUCUUUCCAGAUUCCCAGCUUAUCACUACGUGUGUACUUUGAAUCGCGCACCCUCUACUGGAGUCUGGAGGCCCAAGGUACGGAGAACAAAUUUGGGCAGACGAUAUCAGGAAUCAAGAAUCCGAUCGCAUUGAACUAUGAUAAUGUCAUAAGACAUGAAGUUCAUCGUGGAGUGAUCCCCAUGUCCAGUAUAACACUUUCACGGAGCUCUCAAAUCGAGUUAGAGGCAGGCCAAAAUAUCUUCCUCCCGUUUUCAUUCAUCAUCCCAGGAAAAAUGGUCAUCACAGAACAUAGCGAAAACCCAUAUGCACCACGGGACUUGUGUGCUGUUGAGAGGUGUCCACCUUCUACGCUUCGGGACUCGAGGUUUGGAAGUGUUCAGUGGGUCGCAGAAGCGAUCAUAGAUCUUGUACCCAGUCCUACGCCCAAACAAGACGCAGACACCUUGCUAAGGCAGUCGACAGACGAUCAAGUUGUCGCACGUGUUGCCUUUCCGUUUGUCCCCAGCCCAGAAGAUAUCAAUCCCCUUCGAAACGAGCCUUUUUUCGGUCAAGACCCAGAAAAGGAUUUAUUUGGGUCUCGGCGACUGAGUGACGAAGAGCUUGAGUCCGAGAAGAAAGCCGCGAUGGGGCAGAUGAAGGCACGAGGAGGAAAAUGGGAAGUAUAUGUAAAGGCGAUUCCGAUUGGGAAGAGUAAUUUGUGGUCGGAGUUAUAUACACCUGAGGGUGCAAUAAUAUCUACCGAUUCCCUAAAACUUCCCAUCGUUCUCUUCUUGAAGCAUACGGGUGUACAAUCGAGUCUUAAAUCUUUAUUCCGCUCUACCAAGCCCAAACCAGUUCACCUACGUCGUGCUCUGGUUACCCUGCUACGAGUAACGUCCACAAGGGGUGGGAAAGAAAUACGUCCGCAUGUCGAAAACACCGUCGUUCGCCAACAAGAGUUUUUGUUUGACAGUCAGUCGGGUUCAUCCAUGUCGGCAGGGCUUGCUAUAUUUCAUGAAGACCGUGAGCCGGUCGAAGUUGAUUUGACGCUGGAUCUCCAGUCUGAAGUUUCAUCCGGGAACCAUUCGUCCAUUCCAGUAAAGCUUCUUACCCCCAGCUUUCGUACGCCAAAUUUCCAACACGAAUUCCUUGUCACGGUGUUAAUAUCGUUCGGUGAAGACGAAGUGGAGCGAUUCCCGGCCCGGUUUGCGGUUCAGGUUGUCCCUCCUACCGAUGUAGAUGAGAACCAGCUACCGAGCUUCGAGUAUGCAGUCGGGAGCGAUAUGCUACCGCCACCAUUUGAUGAGAGCAUGAUUUCCCCCCAGUUCACCAACUACACUACGGUGCUCAUGGAUGCAUUUAUUGCACUUGGGGGCGACAAUGGAUACACCCCGUUGCGUGUGGGACCUAUUCAACCACUUGGGUCAGGUGCAAAUUACUUUCCGGUCAGCGCUGCGACUCCCAUCGCGUUGGACGCAGAAACCCAUCCGUCUGGCUAUGCCAUCCGCAUCAAACUUGAAAAUACCCAUCCUGACCUCCCGUUUCGUACUAGCGAGCAAAUAAAUGGUCAACUGAAGACAUAUUCAAAGCUUGGGAUGAAACAGCUCACAGCCUCCAGGUUGUCGCUGAGGGUGUAUUUCGAAUCUCGGACGUUAUUCAUGGGCCUGAGACCCAAGCAGUCCGGGGCACUCAACCAGCGAAUGCAAAACAUGAAAAGUGCUGCGGCCCAGGACUACGAUAAUGUAAUGGGGUACGAGGUGCACAGGGGUGUUAUCCCCUCCGAAAACCUGAUACUCUCUUGGGACCCAAAAGCCCAAUUAGAUGCCGUACUCGAACCGGGAAACGGCCACUCUGAGGUUUCAAUUCCGUUUUCGUUCACUAUUCCUCAGAAGAUGGCUAUAACAGAGUUUAACAAGUAUAGCGGUGCGCCUCGGAAUUUAUGUCCUGUGCGACGUCAUCCUCCGCCCACACUCCGAGACUCACCAGUUGGAAGCAUUCAAUGGAUUGUUGAAGCUGUCAUGGAUCUCGCUCCAAAUGUGCAGAGAGAACAGGAUGAGAUUAUGUUCCUCAAGCCUACUGACCAACGGGUUCUAACGAGAUUCGUAUUUCCUGUGAUACCCGCUCCUAAGGAUGUUACCCCACUUAGACAAGAGCCUUUCUUUGGUACCGAUAUGGAAAAUCAGCUUUUUGGCUCACAGAGACUUCGUGGCGAAGGGGCGGGGACAAAGAAGGUGCUGGAGGCCAAAGGAGGAAAGUGGGAAGCAUACGUCAAGGAGAUCGCAGUACUUGAAAAGUACCACGUUCGAUCUGAGACUUACGUGAACUCGGGGUCACAAUUCUCCACCAACGCACCCGUCUUCCCUCUCGUCUUGUUUCUCAAGCACAUAGGAACCCGUGCCAGCGCACUCCCCUCCUUUCUCCGUUCCUCAAAGCCAAAGACGAUGCACCUAACGCAUGCAACAAUCGCAGUUCGAUGCACGACGUCUACAAGGGGCGGGAAAGAGGUCGUAGCUCACGUCCGGAAUGUUGUGAUCAGACGGCACGAGCUACGGUUCGAUGCGGAUUCUGGUUCGUCUAAACCUGGGAUUGCUAUACCGAGUGGAGAUGCCGCUCCGCUCGAAAUUGAUCUCACGUUUGAUGUUCAGUCGCAAGAAGAAAUGAACCUGUCAGCUACGAAACAAUUUUCAGUGCCCGCGAGAAAUCUUACACCCAGUUUCAGGACGCCGAACAUUGAACACGAGUACCACAUAAUGGUUUACCUGAAAUUCGCAGGAGACGAAGUCCAACGAAUUGCAACACAGUUUCCGGUCCAGGUUGUACCUGGUAGCAUCGAAAAUCAGCUUCCUCCAUAUCAAGACGUAGCUCCCGAAUACUCAGGGUGA